UGAAAUACAUUCAAACUAUUGUUUUAAGUACGAGUCGAUUAAGUAUCCGCAGUCGCUUAUGUACCAUAUUAUAUUUUUAUUUUUACAAACCCCAAACAUCUGUAUCUUUGAGUGUGGCACAUAACCGGGAUUGACUGUCUUUGUCAAGGAAUGUAAAAAAUAUGUUUACGCGGCUUGCAAAAAUCUGCGUCGAUAUGUAUGCAAGCUCACAUACAAACAUACAUAUCUACGCUGGUUUGUAUGUGAAGCUGUCUCAGCGGCAAGGGAAGCAGUGGCAAUUGGCGAUCGUUCGUUUGUGUUUUCGGCACAGCUCGGAUUUUCUACCAACAACACAAUGACGUGACGCUUUGUCGCUACGUCCGUCCGUCGACACAUUGUCUCUUUGACAUGAAAGCAAAAAAUGUGAUCUUCGCCAUUGAGUGUACAUAUUUAUACGAGGGCUGUCCGAUAAAUAACCGACCUCAACGUGAAGCUAGCGGCACAUCUGAAAAAAAAGUUUCUACUUCAAAUUGUGCAUAUUAUAAUAGCUACUCGCCAAAAUUUCAGAAAUUUAUCUUGCGCAAUUAUCUGUUGACAGUCGUUUUUGUGAGUCUAUUUCGGUGAUUUCCCCAAAAUGGAAAAAAUUGAAUUUCGAGCUGUAAUUAAAUUUUUUUUUUGAAAGGCAAUACGCCUUCACAAAUCAAAGAUGAGUUGGACUCUGUGUAUGGUGACUCUGCACCAUCGUUUACCACCGUAAAAUUUUGGGCAGCUGAAUUUAAACGUGGUCGCAGGAGCUUGGAAAAUGAUGAACGUCCUGGGUGUCCAAAAACUGUAACCACUAACGAUAACAUCUCUAAAGUUCAUCAAUUGGUACUAGACGACCGCCGGAUUAAAGUUAGGGAAAUAGCUGAGAUUAUGAAGAUGUCAAAAGAAACGGUUUGUCACAUAUUAAACCAAGAUUUGGGCAUGAGAAAGCUGUCCGCGCGUUGGGUGCCGCGUUUGCUUACGCUAGACCACAAACGUGCGCGCAUGAACAUUUCCAGCGCUCUGUUGGCUCAGUUUAGAGGCAAUAAGACCGAGUUUUGGCGCCGGUUGAUAACUGUAGACGAAACUUGGAUUCAUCAUUAUACGCCCGAAACAAAAAACCAAUCUAACCAGUGGAUUGAACAGUGGGAACCAGCCCCAAAAAAACCUAAAGCUGUGUCUUCGGCUGGGAAAAUGAUGGCGAGUGUUUUUUGGGACAGCCAUGGAAUUAUUUUUAUCGACUAUCUUGAAAAAGGAAAAACUAUAACAGGAGCAUACUACGCAUCAUUAUUGGACAAGCUAAAGGAAGAAAUUUCGAAAAAUCGGCCACAUUUGCAAAAAAAGAAAGUCUUGUUCCACCAAGACAACGCACCAUCUCACACCUCAACAGUCGCCAUGGCGAAAAUCCACGAAUUGCGGUUCGAACUGCUUGACCAUCCACCUUAUUCACCGGAUCUAGCACCAAGCGACUUUUUUUGUUUCCUCAACUUAAAACUGCGCUCGGCGGCCAGAGAUUUUCGUCAAAUGAGGAGGCAAUCUCUUUCGUGAACUCGUAUUUUGCAGACAAAGACGCCAAGUACUAUUUGGAAGGGUUGCAGAGAUGGGAGCAUCGCUGGGAGAAGUGUGUGGAGUUACAAGGAGACUAUGUAGAAAAAAAAAAUAAAAUUUGAAAAAGUCGAGUGCAUCAUGGUUAGGUCGGUUAUUUAUCGGACAGCCCUCGUAUACAUAUGUUGCAUGUAGAAGUUAGCACGAACCAAGCAUAAAGUGCAACUACAGCGCACGCUCGCUAUUGUGAACACUCUAUAGUUCGAACACCCCAUAAUGUGAACAGACUUUUUUAUGCAUUGACUACUCUAUAAUGUGAACAAACCCAAAAGGCUCUAUAAUAUGAACAAAAGACGUUAAAGUAUUUGAAUGUGGUUUACACAGAUCUCAGCUAAUUCUGAAUUUGGGGAAUCCCCUAAUUGUAGAAUAAGACUCUGAUUUGUAUUGCAUGUACUGCGUAGAAUACUUCAGUUGCAAUUUUGUAUUCGCGUGGAGUGUUUCGUUUUAGAUUUUCUGUUAAAAAUGAAUUCUAAAAAACACACGUUUUUGACAUUGAAGCAAAAAGCUGAUAUUCUCGAUUCUUUAAAAAGAGGCUCAUCUAUGACGUUCUUAGCAAAGAAAUAUAAUGUUGCUAAAUCAACAAUUUGUGGAAUCAAAGCAAAAAAAAAGUGAUUUUAAUGUUCGUGAACAACACAUACUCGGGACCUGGACAAAGAAGAACUCUGCGUCCUUCAGAGCUGCCCAAAAUGGCGAAAGCUCUUUAUCGUUGGUUUAUCAAAAUGCGGAAUAAAAACUGUCCAGUAAGUGCCUUAAUGUUGAAAGAAAAGGCCAAAGUACUGCAUGCACAAGGAAAGGAAAAUGAAUCUAACUUCAACGCUAGUGAUGGAUGGCUUCAAGGAUUUAAAAAAAGGUACGGUAUUCGACUGCUGCAAAUAUCAGGCGAAAAACUAUCUUCGCUGCCUCAGCUCGUGGAUCCAUUUAAGGAAAAACUUAGAGCUAAAAUGGCCGAACUGGAGCUGUGUAACGACCAGUUAUAUAAUGCUGAUGAGUCAGGCUUAUUCUGGAAACUUCUGCCAGAAAAAACGUACGUGUCCAGCAUGGAAAAGAGAGCCCCAGGCGUUAAGUCGGAAAAGCAGCGAAUCACGUUUUUAUGUUGCUCAAACGCCACUGGAUCUCAUAAACUGAAACUUUUGGUAAUUGGAAAGGCAAAGAAUCUACGCUGCUUUAAAAACUUUCAAUGGCCCACAGACUAUAAGAGCUCAAAAUCCGCCUGGAUAUCGUCGGCUGUUUUCAAGGAAUGGUUUUAUGAGUCCUUCGUUCUAUAGGUGAGGAUUUAUUGUAUUUUGUUAAAGGAGAAAGGUUUGCCAAUUAAAGCUCUACUCCUAAUCGACAACGCUCCUUCUCACCCAAAUGAAGCUCAGCUGGCAACGGAGGAUGGACAAAUUUUGGCAAUGUUUAUGCCACCAAACGUUACUCCCCUUAUCCAACCAACGGAUCAAAAUGCCAUAAAGAUCACAAAGUUGCAUUACAGAAACAGCCUUUUAGCCUCAAUAGCAGCUACAAACUCCAAUUUUCGAUGAAAAAAAUUACUUUACGAAGAGCUAUAAAUCUUUUGGAUGCCGCUUGGAGUCGUGUCAGCGAAGUAACAUUAGCUAAUUGCUGGAAAAAUAUUUUAAAUUUUACGGCAGAUGAUGACGAUCCCGAAGAUAGUGUUCCGCUCGCAGUUUUAAAGAAAAAAUGGGGAGCUGAACUUCGCGCCUUGAUGAGCAAUACCGUCGAUCUCCUUAACAGUUUGAAUGCUGAGGCUGAAUUAACGCUACCAGGCGUUCAUGAAUGGAACGAAUUGAAGGUGAUAAUGCAAAUGACGAGCAUGAAGAAGAAGACGAUUCCGAUGAAGGCAGCGUAUCGGAGGUAGAGGAGAGAAUUAAGCGGACUGAAGCAGUUGAAAUUUUCAACAAGGCGAUAAGGUGGGCUGGUCAUGAAGACGUCGAUCCAAAUGAUGUAAAUGUACUAAGACGUCUAAGAGAGAAAGCUGUGCUCCAACUUUUAGAAACGCAGAAGAUACAGAAAAGGAUGACUGAUUUUUUCAAAUAAAACCUAGAUUUUGUAUAAUAUGUGUUACGUAAAAAUGUAUAUGUAAUGAAAACAUGAAUAAAAUGUGAAUUCCAAUAUAUAAAUACGUAUUAUCCUAUUCUGUUGGAGCAUUCCAUAAUGUGAACACUUUCGAUAAUGUGAACUGCCUUGGUUUUAAUUAGGUCAGAUUAUCAAGCGUGCGCUGUAUGUCAACAACCCCGAAAAUACAGCGCAAGUGACAACUGGUAAAUUCUGCCGAUGCAACCUCAGCACAUCCGGCAUAUGCCAAUCGAACAUGCAAUCGAAUUGCUUGUACUAAUUCUAGGAAAUACAUCACGCCACUUAAUAAUUCCGUGGCUUAGAAUAAGUAUAAAUUAACCAAAUUGUUAA